GCUACGCUCAACGUCAACGCAACAUCGCCCCGACCCAAUCACUACGGUGCGUCCCCGGCGGAGCCGAUCGUACCAAAACCCCUCAUCGCCGCCGGAGAACGACCGCCAUCUUCCUCACUUGUGCCACAAUGCGGGGGCCCUCCACCGGCAUCGUUUACGGCGGCCUCAAAUACCAGGCCCGAUGCAUUACCGACGUCAAGGCUGACGUCGACCACACCAGCUUCCUCGCUGGAACCCUCAGCCUCAAAGAGGAGAACGAGGUGCAUCUGAUCCGGCUGUCUCCCUCGGGAUCGGAGCUUAUCUGCGAUGGUCUCUUCUAUCACCCAAACGAGAUAUGGGAUCUCAAGUCUUGCCCUUUCGAUCCCAGAAUUUUCUCUACGGUUUUCACUUCUGGUGAAACAUACGGAGCUUCUGUUUGGAAGAUUCCCGAGCUCUAUGGACAGUCGAAUGCCCCACAGCCCGAACAGUUGGUUUCCCUUGAUGAGCAUUCUUUUAAGAUCAAGAGUAACAUGCUUGUCAGUGUUCUUUGGUGGCCAUCUGGGAAGCAUGAUAGACUAAUCAGCAUUGAUGAGGGAAAUAUUUUCCUCUGGAGCUUAGAUUCGUCAAAUAAAGUAGCCAAGGUGAUAUCACAAGAAUCAGUUGGUAUGCUUCAAAACCUAUCAGGUGGUGCAUGGGAUCCGCAUGAUCGAAAUGCUCUUGCUGGUAUAUGUGACUCAUCAUUACAAUUUUGGGAUCUCCGAACAAUGAAGAAGACUACCUCGAUAGAGCAAGCGCACAUUAGGGAUGUUGAUUACAAUCCAAAAAAACAGCAUUUUCUUGUGACUGCAGAAGAUGUAUCUGGGAUCCAACUAUGGGAUCUUCGAAGACCCAAGUUUCCUGUAAAAGAACUCCCUGGUCAUGCACAUUGGACAUGGGCAGUCAGACAUAAUCCAGAAUACGAAGACCUUAUUUUGAGUGCUGGCACAGAUUCAACCAUUAAUUUGUGGUCCAUUCGUCUUCCUGGCAAUGAGGGCUCAUCAUCUGAAAGUCUAUUUGAUUCACCGACAACAUUGAAGGAUUCACUUAUCAAUUCAUAUACUGACUAUGAAGAUAGUGUGUAUGGUCUUGCAUGGAGCACACGGGAACCUUUGAUAUUUGCAUCAUUGUCCUAUGAUGGCCGGGUGAUCGUGGAAUCAGUGAAAUCAUUCAUUAAGAGAAAGUGAAGGCGAUUACCUCAGUAAGCUUGGACGUCUUUAGUGUCAAUCUUCCAAAGGGGUAUUAAAACUGCAAUCUUCUGGCAGGACAUGUUAAUUUGAGCAGUGCUUAUCUCAAGGCAACUGCGUUGCUUGUCUUAUAUUUCUUAUAUUUAAGAUCUACUGGCGAUUUUAGCACGCACUGGGUAAGCUUCUUGGUUCAAAACUCCACAUCCUUCAAGUACCUGGAGAAAUCUUAUGCAGCCGUAAGUUGGGUGGAAAGGUUCAUUUUGAUGUUUUUGUUAUAGUUUGCGGAAACUAGCUAGAUUCUAUUUUUAAAUUUGUGACGUUAUCCAAAAAGACCCACAUCAUUUUUUAA